GCGGAGAAGGGGCGGCUCAGCGCCGGGCGAUGGCGGCCCGCGGGCGGGAGCAGCUGGAGCUAGGGCGGCUCGGGGAAGCGGCGCGGGCCGGCUGCUGCCCGCCGUCCCCUCCACUGUCCGCCUGGAGCCGGGACAACCCGGGCUUCGAGCCCGAGGAGGAGGAGGGAGCGGUGGCGGCGGGGCCGGCGUUGGAGAUGGACGCGGAGUGGGGCGGCCCCGCGGCCGCUCCGUCCUCGGUGGGCAGCGGACGGCGGCAGCGGCGGAUCCCGGCGGAGGUGCGGGGCCGCCCCCCGGGGCCGCCCGAGAGCUCCGCGCCGCUCCGCAGCGCCUGGGCCAAGAGGCUGGCACGGCGACUGCGAGGUCUGUGGGGCACAAGGCUGAUGGAAGAAAACAACACCAGCAGAGAGAGAUACCUGAGAAGUGUUUUGCGGGAGCUGAUUACGUACGUGAUCUUCCUUGUGGUGCUGUGUGUCUUGACAUACGGGACAGUGAGUUCCAGCAUGUAUUACUACACGAGGGUUAUGUCCCAGCUCUUCCUGGAAACACCUGUAUCUAAAAUGGAGAAAACAGACUUCAAAACAUUGUCCACGAUGGACGACUUCUGGAAGUUCACAGAAGGCCCUCUGCUGGAUGGUCUUUACUGGGAUAUGUGGUACAACAAUAAAACCAUAGCGGAAAACAGAAGCUUCAUUUAUUAUGAGAACCUGCUCCUAGGGGUGCCCCGCAUUCGGCAGCUGAAAGUGAGGAAUGGUUCGUGCUCUAUUCCUGAGGAUUUAAAAGAUGAAAUCAAAGACUGCUAUGAUGUCUAUUCUGUGGCCAAUGAAGAUACUGCACCUUUUGGGCUUCGAAACGGAACAGCUUGGACAUACACCAAUGAGAAGGACCUGAAUGGGAGUAGCCACUCGGGCCUGCUGGCCACGUACAGUGGGGCUGGUUAUUACCAAGACCUCUCAAGGACCAGGGAAGUGACAGCUGUGCAGAUUGCCAGCCUUAAGAAGAACCUGUGGUUGGACAGAGGGACAAGAGCAGCUUUCAUUGAUUUCUCAGUCUACAAUGCAAACAUCAACCUAUUCUGCGUUGUAAGGCUGUUAGUGGAAUUUCCAGCUACUGGAGGCCUUCUUACAUCCUGGCAGUUUCAGCCAGUGAAGCUGAUUCACUACAUCUCCACUUUGGAUUUCUUCCUGGCAGCCUGUGAAAUGGUGUUUUGCCUUUUUGUUCUGUACUACAUGGUGGAAGAGAUCUUAGAAAUUCACAUUCACAGGCUGCACUACUUCAGAAGUCUCUGGAAUUGUCUGGAUAUCCUUAUAAUCAUACUCUCCAUGGCAGCAAUAGGAAUUAGCAUCUACAGGACAUCAACUGUUGAUAUGCUCCUGAAGAAGCUACUAGAAGAUCAGAAUUCAUUCCCCAAUUUUGAACCCUUGGCAUAUUGGCAAAUACAAUUCAACAACAUUGCUGCAGUCACUGUGUUUUUUGUCUGGAUUAAGCUUUUCAAGUUUGUUAACUUCAACAGAACGAUGAGUCAGUUGUCCACAACCAUGUCUCGCUGCGUCAAAGAUGUCAUUGGCUUUGCAAUUAUGUUUUUCAUCAUUUUCUUGGCAUAUGCUCAGUUGGCCUAUCUUGUCUUUGGCACUCAGAUUGAUGACUUCAGCACUUUCCAGGACUGCAUAUUUACUCAGUUCCGCAUCAUUUUGGGAGACUUCAACUUCACAGAGGUUGAAGAAGCUAAUCGCAUUUUGGGACCAAUUUAUUUCACUACAUUUGUGUUCUUUAUGUUCUUCAUCCUUUUGAACAUGUUUUUGGCCAUUAUCAAUGAUACAUACUCUGAAGUCAAGUCGGAUAUGGCACAACAGAAGGCAGAAAUGGAAUUGUCUGACCUUAUCAGAAAGGGCUAUAAUAAAGCCAUGGUCAAACUUAAAUUAAAGAAAACCACUGUUGAUGACAUUUCAGAAAGCUUGAGACAGGGUGGAGGAAAACUAAAUUUUGAUGAACUCCGGCAAGAUCUAAAAGGGAAGGGCCACACGGAUGCAGAAAUUGAGGCAAUAUUUACCAAAUAUGAUCAGGAUGGGGAUCAGGAACUGACAGAGCAUGAGCACCAGCAGAUGAGAGAUGACUUGGAGAAAGAGAGGGAGGAUCUGGACUUGGACAGGAGCUCUCUGCCACGUCCUCUGAGCAGCCGCAGCUUUUCUCGGAGCUUGGAUGACUCUGAGGAAGAUGAAGAUGAGGACAGUGGGCACAGCUCAAGGAGGAGGGGAAGCAGCUCUAGUGGAGUGUCCUAUGAAGAGUUCCAAGUACUCAUGAGGAGGGUGGAUCGCAUGGAGCACUCCAUUGGCAGCAUCGUCUCCAAGAUUGAUGCAGUAAUUGUGAAGCUGGAAGCGAUGGAGAGAGCCAAACUGAAAAGGAGAGAUGUGUUGGGAAGGCUGUUGGAUGGAGUGACAGAGGAUGAGAGGCUGGGCCGUGACAAUGAGAUCCACAGGGAGCAGAUGGAACGGCUGGUACGAGAGGAAUUGGAGAGGUGGGAGUCAGAUGACACAGCAUCUCAGAUGAGCCAUCGUCUGGGAACACCACUGGGACUGAACGGGCAGCCUCGGUCGAGGAGCUCCCGGCCAUCCUCCUCGCAGUCAGAUGGCAUUGAUGGGGGAGGAGGAAAUGGGGCUAAUAACCUCCAUGUGUAGCACAGGCUUUGCUGUUCAGUCACCAUCAAGUCAACUACACCACUGCUUCCCAGAAUGAGGUCAUCAUCCUGAUCUGACCACUAAAGGCAAGCUCAGCAGUAGGUGAAAUAAAUACUCUGUUCAUAAGGCAUUUUGAGAACUUUGCAAGCACGUGCCAGGUCCAAGUCACCAACACUGAGACUGUUGGCCUUAGAAAUGAAAAUGCAGAGGUAGAAUGGAAGCCAGAUGUGACAAAAUCUACCUGGACAGAAUUCUGUUUCCAUACAUCUAUUCCAGUUUCUAUACACAAAUUGUUUCAUGAGGUCAACAAGCUUUAGACAAAAGGCACUAUGACUGAAGAAUUCCAGUGAUAGGCUGUGGGUUUUCUGCUGUCUACUAGAAAAACACAAUGUUUAAAAGCUUUGAAAAGCACUUUUUAAAAGGAAAAUAUCAUCAGUUAUCACCCUAUUCAUUUUAACAGCUGGCACUUGGCAAGAGUCAAAACAGUGUCUCUUUUUUAAGUGUGUAUUUUUUU